AUGUCAGACUGGGAAUCAGACGACGCUCCAGCAGCAGCUGCGCCAUCGAUCGCGACCAAGAAACCCGUAAAGAGUAAAUGGGAAGGUGAAGACGAAGAGGAAUCGUCUCCAGCCAGCGAGUGGGACGCAUCUUCAGACGAAUCCUCAGACGACGAUAAACCAGCAGCAGCACCCGUAGCGCCCCCCAAAAAGAAAAGCACGGUCAAACAAAAGAUAGCAGAGAAAGAAGCCGCAAAAGCCGCGCGGGGGGACGAUGAUGAUCUGGAGUAUGAUGAAGACUCUGUCCUUGAUCCACGCGAGAAAGCGAGGUUGGAUAGGGAGCGGGAGAUUAAAGCUGAUUUGGAUAAUGCUGCUGCGCUUUUUGGUGCUGCUGGACUUGGAGGUACAUCGUCAUCCGAGCUAGACGCGCUGAUCUCCGCCAACCCCCGCACGAAAGAGGAUUUCCAGGAUUUCUCAACAAGAAUCAUCGAGUUCAUCGUUAAGCGACAUCAGACCAAGCCUCUGUACGCGUCGUUCGUGGAGCAUCAUGUCCGGGAGCUCUGUCAGCCUUUGAAGGACGUAGAGAUCAGGAAGGCUGCAAGUGGACUUACGACUCUCGCGAAUGAAAAGCAGAAGGAACAGAGAGACAAGGCGAGCGGGAAGAAGAAAGUCAAAGCUGCUUCGAAGCCUGUUUUGGGCUCUGCGAAAGUCUCGAAUAAAUUUGAUACUGGGCUAUACGAGGAAGCGCUGGAUGAUUUCGGUACUAACCAAGAUGAUUUCAUGUAG